AUGCCUGAUGAAAAGCCCAAGGAGGGACCCAAGACCGAGCACCUUGAUCAUGUUCAUACGAAGGCAGCAGGAUGCUUCCCGGGUGCAGUUUAAGACUCAGAGGCAUAACCACUUUUAAUGAAAGCCUAUUGUGAACAACAGAAGUUGGAAAUGGAGAAGGAAGAUACAGUUGACACGUCCCAGCUGCAGACAAGAGGGGUGUACUAA